AUGACUGGCAGAGGAGGCAAGGCGGGUGGCAAGGCAAGGGCAGUGUUGACUCAGGGACCGGAAGGGGCUGGGGACGGGGACGGCUGCGGCAGCCGUGGAACUUCUGUGAAUGUUAAAUUGCCGCUUAGAGUGAUGUCAAGAAAUAAUUUGGAGGCAUCUACUUCUAAAAUGACAGAGCCAUUUAAUUUUGAGAAAGAUGAAAGCAAGCUUCCACCACAUGAUUCUUUAAGAAGUCCUGGAGGACAUUCUAACCACCCAAAUUUCAGGUUGAAAAGCCCAGAGAUUGGAAAUAAAAAAAGCAAUUUUUUGUUUUGUGAGAAAACCAAACAGUAUCUGACUAGUCAGGGAGACAGCGCAGCAUCUGCAAACCCUCAGAGCAUCAGUGGAGAAGCGGUCGGGGCCGAAGGAGACAGGAGGCUGUUGCCAGCAGGAAGGUCUGUGUCACCAUCAGAUGCUGGAAGGAACUCACCACCCAAAGAAGCGAGUAGUAUGCCUAGCAAUAGUGUGUCUCCUGCAAAGUCAAAAAAAACACACAAGUUGGGUCAGAACUCCCUGUCCAUAAACAGUCCAGCGCUCUUCAGCUCCUCGGGCCCUCCUUUUCGGUCAACCACUUGCCAUCGCUGUGGCCUGUUUGGUGCACACCUAGGAGAACUGAUGAGCCAAAAGGGGUCGCUGAGGUGUUCACAGUGCAAGCAGACGUACUAUUGUUCCGUAGCGUGUCAGAGGAGAGACUGGCCAGCACACAGCAUCGUGUGCAAACCUGUGCAGCACAAUUUCCACAAGUUGAAAGAUCAAUCACCUUUUGAAACGAAGAACAUGGAAGUGAAAAACGAGAGUAACUAUCCACUUGGAAUUACUAAAGAAAUAGCCAUUUGUGCUCAUAAAAUAAUGUUUUCUGAUUUGAGAAGUCUACAACUCAGGAAAACCAUGGAAAUAAAGGGUGCAGUUACUGAAUUCAAACACCCAGGUGACUUUUAUGUGCAGCUGUAUUCUUCAGAAGUUUUAGAAUACAUGAGCCAACUCUCUGCGAGCUUAAAGGAAACGUAUGCAAAUACCGUGCACGAGGAGGACGAUUAUAUUCCUGUUAAGGGGGAAGUUUGCGUUGCCAAGUACACUGUUGACCAGACCUGGAACAGAGUAAUAAUACAAGCCGUUGACGUAGUACAGAAGAAGGCACAAGUCUUAUAUAUUGAUUAUGGAAAUGAAGAAAUAAUUCCAGUAAACAGAAUACAGCAACUAAACAAAAACAUUGAUUUGUUUCCUCCUUGUGCCAUAAAGUGCUUUGUGGCUGGAGUUGUCCCAGCGGAGGGGGGUUGGAGCAAUGACUGUAUCCAAACUGUUAAGUCACUGCUCAUGGAGCAGUGCUGCUCUGUGAAAAUCGCUGACGUCCUAGAACAAGAGGUGGCCACGUUUGCUGUGGAUGUCGUGCUACCCAGUUCGGGAAAACUCUUAGACCAUGUGCUUGUGGAAAUGGGAUAUGGCCUAAUACCUGAGGGGCAGAAUUCUGAGAAGCAAGGAGCAGAUCAAAGUGAGCCUGAAGAUGUUGGGAACGUGACAGCCAAAAACAAAAUUGUUGUAGACAGAAGAGACUUAAUCCCCAAAGUGUUAACUUUGAAUGUGGGCGAUGAGUUUUGCAGUGUGGUUUCCCACAUUCAGACUCCAGAAGACUUCUUCUGUCAAAAACUACAGAGUGGCCAUAAGCUCGCUGAACUGCAGGCGUCCCUUCGCGAGCACUGCGGCCAGAUGUCCCCUCGCUCAGAUUUUUAUCCAGCCAUCGGUGACAUCUGCUGCGCUCAGUUCUCAGAGGACGAUCAGUGGUACCGUGCCUCCGUAUUGGCUUAUGCUUCUGAAGAGUCUGUGCUGGUUGGAUAUGUAGAUUACGGAAACUUCGAGAUCCUCAGUUUGAAAAGACUGUGUUCCAUAACGCCGAAGUUGUUGGAGUUGCCCAUGCAAGCAGUAAAGUGCGUGCUGGCAGGAGUGAAGCCGUCAUUGGGAAUUUGGACCCCGGAAGCUAUUUGUCUGAUGAAAAAAGUUGUGCAGAACCGAAUGGUCACAGUGAAAGUGGUGGGCAAGUUGGAACACAGUUCUCUGGUGGAGCUUACAGAUCAGUCCUCAACGCCCAGCAUCAGCGUGGCGCAGCUUCUCACAGACGCGGGCUUCGCCGUCUGGGGGAAGGGGACAGUGACAGAGAAACCCAGUGACACGAAAGAAGCCAGUGUUCCCUUGGUUGGAGAAGCCAAACUAAGUCUGUCAGCAUGGACAUGGGUUGGACUUGCUGUUAACCAAACAGUGGAUGUCGUGGUCUGUGUGAUAUACAGUCCUGGAGAGUUCUAUUGUCAUGUGCUCGAAGAGGACGCUUUAAAGAAACUCAACGAUUUGAACAAAUCACUAGCAGAAUUUUGUCAGCAGAAGUUGUCUAAAGACUUUAAGGCAGAAAUAGGACAGCCUUGCUGUGCAUUUUUUGCAGGUGACGGGAACUGGUAUCGCGCGUUAGUCAAGGAGAUCGCACCAAACGGAAAUGUUAAAGUGCAUUUUGUGGAUUAUGGAAACAUGGAGGAAGUCACUGCAGACAAACUCCGAACGAUCCCAUCGGAAUUUUUAAAGCUCCCGUUUCAAGGGGUACAGUGUUGGUUAGUAGAUAUACAGCCUGGAAACCAGCACUGGACUAAGGAGGCCAUCGCGAGGUUUCAGACGUGUGUGACGGGGGCGAGACUGCAAGCCCACGUGUUUGAGGUCACCGACAGCGGAGCGGGGGUUGAGCUCUCCGACCUCUCCACUCGUUACCCCAGAAUAAUCAGUGAUGUGCUGAUUGAGGAGCACCUGGUUUUAAGAGCCAGCUUGAGGAAAGACUUCUUAGAACACAGACCCAUCAACAAACUUAACCUUCUGAUCGACAGCCCAGGGCAUCAAGCCAUCUCUUCAGCUGCGCCGUGGCGGACGAUAGAGUUGCCGGUCAAUAAAACUGUACAAGCAAGCAUAUUAGAAAUUAUAGACUCGAACUUAUUUUAUGCUCUACCAAAUGGGAUGCCAGAGGAUCAGGCAAAGCUGAGUGCCCUGGCAGCUGAGUUGGCAGAACACUGCGGUGCUCAGAGGAGCCGGCCGCCCUACCGACCGAGGGCGGGAGACGCCUGCUGCGCCCGGUACACAGGUGAUGAUUUCUGGUACCGUGCUGUCGUUCUGGCGGCCUCAGAGACGGAGGUGAAGGUGAUCUACGCAGACUACGGCAACGUUGAAACUCUGCCUCCUUGCAGAGUGCAGCCCAUCUCCGCCAGCCACCUGCAGCUUCCCUUCCAAAUUAUUAAAUGUUCAUUCGAAGGACUGAUGGAAUUGAAUGGAAGCUGUUCUCACUUAGUAAUAGAGCUACUGAAAAGUUUCAUGUUGAACCAGAACGUGCUGCUGUCUGUGAAGGGGAUCACUGAGAAUGUCCACACCGUGUCGGUGGAGAAAUGUUCUGAGAACGGGGCCGUCAGGGUGACGGAUAAGCUGGUGAUGUGUGGGCUGGCAAAAAACGCCACAUCUAAAAAGCAAAAUGCUGUAGACAAAGAAAAGACGAACAGGAUGAAUUGCUGCUGCUCAGAAUUACAGAAACAAGUUGAAAAACAUGAACAGAUUCUUCUCUUCCUCUUAGACAACCCAACCAAUCAAAAUAAAUUUAUUGAAAUGAAGAAACUGUUACAAAGCUGAAAGCAGUCUUCUGGAGAUACACACUCAGGAGCCAGGACGCGGUGAAGGCUAGACUCGGGGGAGAGGGGACAGCGGCCCGUGUUUUCAUUUCUGGAACUGUUUCUCUUUGAUGAUCUUUGCGCCUCCACUUUUGUUUGCUCACUACUCUUCCGCUAGGGCGGGGAGUUUUAUUUUCUUCCUCUAAGUUCUUCCAGAUAAAUAAGCCUGGCAUAAAAGAUUCCAAACUCAUGGGAAUACCAGGAAGGGAUACGCAGGGGCUCUCUACUGUAUAUAUAACUUUUUAUUGUGUAAAAGUACUGAAGAAAAUAGGACUCCAUGUUCAUGAUGGAUAAAUGUAGG